GUAAACAAAUCAUUUUGUUGUAUCCCUUUCCAUCGAAACGAACAAAAUAGUAAUAUUCAGUCGUCUCAGUACACUUCAGUCUCUCCGUUCGUUAGUCUGAUUCAGACGUGUCGGCAAGCACUUAAAACAAAAAUACACAAUGUCAUACUCUAGCCGCUUUGGUUUUGAUUUCCAUCUGCCCGAUGAGGGUUGGUGCUAUCCCAAGGACGAUAUGUUCUUCCGCCGUAGUGCCGAGUGGGUGCCUUUGGAGAGCGCUGGUGUGGGCCGCUCAUUUGCCAACACGAACAGCGUGAUCUAUCCACGAAUCACUGGCAUGGUGCCGCGCUAUGGCGGACAUGUUCCGGGCGAGAUUUUCAAGGUUGGCACCACUUACGGACGCGCCACAAUCGACGCCAAGCGUUGGCUGGCCCUGCACCGCGAAUAAGCUUACUCAAAUCUCUCUCGAAUAGUCAAAUUAGCUGUGUUAUGCUUUGUAAAGCACCCCCCAAUAAAUAUUGUUCUGCGUUCAAACUAUAAA